GUAUGGAGCUUUUGUGUCUACAACAUGAAACUCUCGUCUGUUGUGAUAGUUCUCCUGACUAGGACUUUUAUGACAGAGUUGACCAAGGCUCUGAACGUGACGGUGAUCCCUGGACCGGUAACUACAUGUUUGGAAGGAGAGAAUGUCACAAUGUCAUGCCUGGUGUCUAAUAAAAAAAGAAACAACAGCAUGCUUGUUCUGCGCUGGCUCUACUUCCCAACACCUGAGGACGAGCGCCUGGUUGUAAAGAUGAACUACAGGAAGAUUAAGUUCUAUGGAAACUACAGCCAAAGCUUUAUCCAGACCAAAUUUUACCUGUGGGAAGAGGUUGAGGGACAGACAUACAACUUGCAGAUUUAUAACGUGUCCAAAGAAGACAGAGGCAACUACAGCUGUAAAGUACAAGAGAUCCACCAGUACAAAAACAAGUUGAGGUCCUCGUCAAAUGGCACAGGGAGCAUUGAGCUACGAGUGCACUACGUAGAAGUCUCUGAGAGCACUGAUUAUAUAUGGCGCUGGAUUCAAGACCUGUAUCUGUGUGCCGUGCUAAUCUGCUCUGUUGGUCUACUAUCAAUGCUGAUCUUCCUUGUGAUAAUGGCAUGUAAAAACAAACAGCGGAAACAAAGACUGAACGCCAGUUACAAUUUGGUGAAGAGCCCUGAGAGCAGCUCUGGAGAAACAGUUACCAGUGUGACCAGCUCUUCUCCUGGAAUUCACAGGAAAGAGAAGAGACACAAAGCACCAUCCAAGCACAUCACAACACAAGCACCAGAGAUACCAGUAAAAGCUCCCAUUCCAAAUAAGCCUCGAAGAACCAAACUUUUAAAAGUCCAACCUAGAAAAUCACACAUGCCGCGGGUGACAGAUGACAGCCUGACAUACGCCGAGCUGGAGCUGGUCAAGCAAGCGCCUAAGGUUAAACAAGGCAACUUAGUAACUGCACACCUGGAGACCACAGCAAACUGCACAGGAACUGUAUACGCCCAGAUUCUCUUUGUGGAAAACCAAGUAUAACUUAAGUGAAAACUGUUUGUAUCAAAUUUAUUUAAAAUAUUAUUGAGAUUAUAAGCAUCUGGUAUUGUGAAUCUGUAAAACAUUAUUUCUAGUAUAACAGAACGUUAUUC